UUGUUCUUAUCAUUAAUGUGGCACUCCAAGCUUGAGUCUUAUUUGGACAGAAAUGCGUCUUUCUAGCUCACUGGCAUCCUGAUUAUCUAUCUAGCCUAUUAUUGUUAAGAGUGUAAGCUUAUAACAUGAAUGAAGACAAUGAGAGCUUCUGGUUGAACGGGUCCGUGAGCGAGCUGGACCGCUUCAGCAACCUGGAGGACAUCGACGUGACCGCGGACGGGAGCCCGGUCUUGAGAUUCUUCAUUUGUCUUGUUUAUUCUAUUGUCUGUGCUGCGGGUCUGAUGGGGAACCUUCUGGUCAUAUUCUUCAUCUGGGUCAAACAAGAGAGGAAGAAGUCCAGAAUAAACUUUUUCGUGCUUAACUUGGCAGUGACGGACCUCCAGUUCGUGCUCACUUUGCCCUUCUGGGCUGUGGACACCGCGCUGGACUUCAGCUGGCCGUUUGGAGACGCCAUGUGCAAAAUCAUCCUCUCGGUCACCGUGAUGAACAUGUACGCCAGCGUCUUUUUUCUCACAGCCAUGAGUGUGACCCGCUACUGGUCAGUCGCAACUGCUCUGAACAACAGAACCGCGCACAAGUCUUGUUCCACCAAAUGGAUCUGCGCAAUCAUUUGGACACUGGCGACUCUGGCGACUGCGCCAACGUCGAUCUUCUCAACUGUCAGCAACGUAACCGGAGAAAAACUCUGUUUGCUGAGGUUUCCUGGUGGACAGUACUGGUUAGCAGUUUAUCACAUACAGAAAAUACUUGUUGGCUUCGUAUUGCCAAUGUCCAUCGUGUCCAUCAGCUACAUUAUGCUGCUGCGUUUCAUCCGCAAUCGGAGUAUGAAAACAAGCAAUCCCAAACGGAGAUCGCAAGUUACAAAAUCUAUCACCAUCGUCGUGCUGUCCUUCUUUCUUUGCUGGAUGCCAAACCAUGCCAUCACUCUGUGGAGUGUGCUGGUCAAACUGAAUGUUGCCAACUGGGACAGAGCGUACUACCUAGUCCACACGUAUGUGUUCCCACUGACCGUAUGUCUGGCGCACACCAACAGCUGCCUGAACCCCCUUAUUUACUGCCUCAUGAGGAAGGAGUUCAGGGACAAACUGAGGGGUUUGAUACACAGGGGUUAGUGUUUGGGGAUGGUUGUGAAUGAGUCGACAGAGCGCGAAAUGCGUCAACAAACAGUCACCAAAGCGCACCGAGGGCGCGCUGCAACAAAGGCACGCAGUGAGAGAGGAGAGCUGACAGAAAGCACAAUGACGACAAGCGACAUUAUUUUAAGACAAUUUACCAGAUUCUGCUCAUGAUAAAUGCGACUUUCAUCCGCGCUUUUUGUCUGUAAAGGCUUGCGUAAUGUGUUUAAUGUCUAUAGAGAAACCACGUCCGCUGAUUUAGAGCUGUAAGCACAGGACCCGCUUACUUUAUGACCUUUGUGGCACUGCUUGCUAAAUAACUAUUAGUAGUGAUGUUUCUCUAGUCCACAAUCUAAAUGACUGCGUGCGUAAUUGCGCAUGACAUUUACUUGGACAUUAGUGUGUGCGCAUUAUUAAACAGGCGAAAAGUAGCUCAGAGCGCUUAUUACAUCUAUCUGUGAAUGUCUUAGUGAAUAAUAUAAUCAGUGUCUGAUACUUGUUUUUAGAAGACAGUAAUGGAAGCAAACAACACUUCAUCACUAGGCAAUUCAGUUACAGGUCAUGUUUUCAAGCUACGUGUACCAAAAUCAAAAGUAUGACAACAAAGUGUAUGAAAAUAUAAUGAUUGUUGUAAAUACGCAGAAGAAAACUGUAUCCACUA